GAGCUGUCUGGAAGAAAUUUAUGGCAAAUGCAGAACGACAAAGAUUCGAAGUUUUUGAUCAGAAACAGUGGGCGAGAUUCUGCCGAGAGACAGAAUCAGCGCGAAGCAGUAUCAUCGAGUCGUAUAGCAUCGGCGCUAGGAUGCGAAACAAGUAGCAGCGGCGCAUCCAUUUGCCGGUAUCACAUUUCGGAUGGUGAGCCGGAUGGCAGUGCCGACUUAAUCCCAUGGACCGAAGACGACGAUGCCAAAAAUUUCUAA